GGGAUCACCUCAGUUUGUGGAUAUUUCAGUUGGUGAUGAAGAAUGUGUUGCAGUGUUUGAAUUUGUAACAAAUGAAGCUUGCAAACUACCUCCUACAGCACCAGAGAUGCCUUGUUCUUUAUACAGUGAUUUUGACAACAAACGGAGGGAUCUUACACCUUUGAUAAAGCUAAAAGGUACUGCAGUGGUAGAUCCAAACCUUUAGAGAUGGGGGAGGGGUUGGGGUUUGGUCAUAUAUACAUGUACAUACAUACAUGUUUUUUAUUUGGAGUCUUACACAAUAAAUAGUAUAUCAACUGUAUUUCCAAAUACCUAAAAUUACAAACAAGAAAACUUCCUAACCAUACAAUAAGUUAGAAGAUGGGGGGGGUGGUCUCCAAAAAAUUUUUUUUGGCCCUUUGGGCUUAGCUCGAGCUCAGUUUGGUCUAAAAAUGAAGUGGGGGCUGUUCGGCCCCGCUUGUUUCUGUAAGUCAGAUCUUGAACAGUGUACUGUGGAGUGGCAAGAUUUACAACCAUUUUCACUCUAUUAUAAUAUUUUUGGAAAUAAUUAAUUUUCAGUUAGAACUGUACUACAUGUACAUGUAGCUCAAUUUUUUUGGCAUUUUGUUCUAACAUGUGUUUGCUGCAUGUAUUUUACAGGUGGUUAUGAGGUUGCUUCUUCAAUUACAGGCUUUGACUUUUUCAUCAACGUUUGUAGAGGGAUAACUGCUAUUGACAAAACACAAGGCUGCCCGCCAAACAGUUCAAUGUGUAGAGUUGACAAAAAGCUUUCCAAACAAGAAGAUAUUGGAAGCAUAAGCUUUGCUAGCAAACUUUCUUUCCUUCCAAACAAUGACAUUAUUCUUGUUUAUAACACAACCCAGAAAGUUAGUGGGUGUAUUGGCAAUCCAGUGACGACAAUAACUUUCAGGUGUCCCAGAGAAAUGGUAAGCUUACAAUAAUAAGGUCUACGUAGGGUUUUUUGUGUACAUACUUACAGAUCAUUGAAGAAAAGUUAAAGGUGCGUAGAGGCCUAUAGUAUACAGUACAUGUUACAGGUCAAAAUUAAAUUCAAUAGGGCUUACACAGUCUUGAAAAGGCCUUGAAUUUUUGGGUCUUGAAAAGUCCUUGAAUUUUUGGGUGUACUCCUUGAAAAGUCCUUGAAUUUUUGGGUGUAGUCCUUGAAAAGUCCUUGAAUUUUUGGGUGUAGUCCUUGAAAAGUCCUUGAAUUUUUGGGUGUACUCCUUGAAAAGUCCUUGAAUUUUUGGGCGUACUCCUUGAAAAGUCCUUGAAUUUUUGGGGAAAAGUCUUGAAUUUUGAAAGGUCCUUGAAUUUUUUAGUCCUUGAAAAGUCCUUGAAAACUCCUUGAAAAGUCCUUGGUGUAGUCCUUGAAAAGUCCUUGAAUUUUUGGGCGUACUCCUUGAAAAGUCCUUGAAUUUUUGGGCGUACUCCUUGAAAAGUCCUUGAAUUUUUGGGUGUAGUCCUUGAAAAGUCCUUGAAUUUUUGGGUGUAGUCCUUGAAAAGUCCUUGAAUUUUUGGGCGUACUCCUUGAAAAGUCCUUGAAUUUUUGGGUGUACUCCUUGAAAAGUCCUUGAAUUUUUGGGUGUACUCCUUGAAAAGUUCUUGAAUUUUUGGGUGUAGUCCUUGAAAAGUCCUUGAAUUUUCUUCAACUUUGAAUGUAGUGGCCUAGAAAGUGUUUUUAAUGCUUUUUGGUUGUCCAAAACUAAACAGAACAUAAAUCAUAGCUCAGAGAAGUUAAUGGUGAUUUACAUAAGGCAUUUUUUGUUUUAUGCAAGAAUGAACUAUCAAUUUAAGAAAAGUGAACUGAAAAAUGUAGAGAAGUUGUUGAGCAAACAAGUCCUAUUAGAAUGGAGAAAAUUGAAAAUAUCUGUUCGGAAGACGAUUUGAGAUCUAGAAUUUUGGAAAUUUGUUGUAAAAUUUCUUUUUGUUCGAAAUCUAAAAAAUGGUUUAAUUGAAAUUUUUACAUUUUUACCCUAAAAAAAAGGUAGGAGGUCCUUUUCCUGGCUUAAAUUUUGAAAAAAAGUCCUAUAAAAAACGGUUGAACAGAUGAAAAGUUUUUAUUUUUGACAAUGCCAUGUUAAGUGGUUUUGAACUAUAUCGUCGUUGGGUGCCCCUGAAAUUACAUUCCCGGUAGGUGGUCCUUGAAAAGUCCUUAAAAAUGGUUGCAAGUUUUUAUGUAUGAACCCUGUAAUCAGGUUAAAUUUUUCUCAAUUUCCUUUGUCUCCUAGCUCUAAUUCAAUGAAUUAUUAGGGCUAGGGGACAAAGGAAAUUGAGAAUCAACCUAGGUUAAAAAAUGUUAACCUGAAUUUAAUUUUGACCUGUAACAUACACAGUGAAGUUAAAUCCAGUGUUCAAGCACCUUGGAAAAAUGCCACCCCCCCCCCCGGACAAUUGCUCAUUUUGUUUUUCACUAUCUCUUGUGGAUGAGUUUCAAUGAAACUCCAUUGCCUCAUACAGUAGUUCCACUUGAGUUUUGAACAUUUUGAUGUCAUUUCCAUAUUCUACUGUGGAAGUGAGGUGUUCUAGUGAUUAUCACUUAAGAACUUUAGAUCUGUGGGUCCAAAAUCAAGCCUUGCCAUUGCGCCCCUUUCUUAGAUACACUGUGAGAAACUUUGCCCCAUUAUAUCUGUUUUCAACCAGCUGUAUUAAUGUUGCUGACGACAUCCAGAUCCUACUUGGUGUGACCCUGCCUAGCAUCCCUCAUCCCAUCCAGAGGGGAGGGGACAUUAUUUUCUGUAACAAUACUCUAAAGUGCUUCAUGCUACAGAAGCUGAUUUGAGCUUUGGCUUAGAGGGCUUAAGGCUUGUGUAUUCCUCAAUAUAAUUACAUGUACAUUUCACUCAAUUGCUUGUCUUGAUGUAUGAAAGUGGCUUUGAAAUGUGCCUAUGUAUGUAUUGCGGAAAACCACCCGCUACGUAAUUUUCAUCUUUUGUACACUUCUUUCUCUGUUUAUAUUGUUCCACUAGUGGUAGGACUCCAUUGUCAAAUAAUAGAAAACCCAUUGUUAAUUUUCGUAAGAGGUCAUCACAUUGGAUGCAUUUGCAAAACAGUUUCCAAGGUUAUUGAUCCUAUUUUGAUUUUUGCAUUUCUUUCAAACGAACGUGAAAUCUGGCAAAUCUAGGAUCAAAAAUCUGUUUUCGGAUUUGCCGAAAGGAACUCAUCCUUAAUUUGCAUUGAAUUUGUGUAGGUGUGUCCAAUGUGAUCCUUUUGCUAACAAGUUGAACUUGCUUUCAGCCUGAUAAAGGUCCAGUUUUAACUGCAGCACGUGACUGCAGGUUUGAGGUGUUCUGGGAAACUGAAUUUGCCUGCCCUGAGGCCAAGAUUAUGUCUACAAAUAAUUGUACGUUGGUCAAUAAGUUUGUCAACUUUGACUUGACAAAACUUUCAGCUGACAGCCUUGAAAACUACAAGCUUGGCUACGAUGUUACGGAGAAAGGAAAAAAGACUCAUUACAUUAUUUACAUGAAUGUUUGUAAACCUCUUGGAUUUCCUUGUGGAGGCAGAGGUUUGUUUUCUUUCCCUUGUUGAAAAAGUUUGUCAAGUAUUAACCUCAUCUUCAAAGCAGAGUAGGGGAUUGGGGGGAAGUUAAAUUUAAAAUAAUUAUGCAGUGAUUUUGUUACCUCUGCGUCCUGUGUCUCUGAUGCAUAAAAAUCCCCAAUACUCAAAAUAAUUCAUGGCAUGCGUCCCGUAGGAUGCAAAGAUCGAUCAGUUGAUAUGAACAUGUGUAUUUGUAGAAAUAUCCCAUUCGUGUAAUUUCUGUGGCAGUUAUUGCUGUUGUUAAAAAAUGCAUUUUUCUUUUAGCCUUUGCUGUGCUUUCAAAUAGAACGACUAUAAUUAUUUUAAAUUCAGUGUACUGUAAUACAGAGUUUUGGAGUCUGUCUUCAGACUUACUGUCUGGUGACAUAAAGAUCCAAGCAUUUUCAAUUUUGGACUCAUUUUUUUAAACUGGGACUCAUUGGUUCCGGACUGGGACUCAUAAUUUUUCACAGGAUGAGGCGCAGAACUCACCAUUAGUAUUCGUAUCAACAUCACUGAUUAUGAUUAAAAUAACUGAACCUUGCUAACUAGUCAAAAUUAGUACUUUUGCCAAGAAUGGUGCAAUUUAGUUGGAUAAGGUGGAUUAAAAUCAAACAAAUUUUAAGUUUUGAAACUAUUUUUGUUAUUUCCUUAAGAAUUAGUAAACUCAAUUUUUCACUGGAACAGUGAUAUUGAAGUAUGACUUCUUUGUGCUUCAAGUAAGUAACUGGCUGUUUUCACUCUCACACAUCAAACUUGACUGAUAAACAGACGGAUAAAAUGGGUUAUUUGUUCAAAAUUAAAACUGUUCCAUUUUCAUUUUCACAUUUAGACGGAUUAUCCGUAUGACGCGAAUUAUGCAACACCUCUGAUUUGAACACGCUCAUUUUUUGCCCCUAGACUAUAUUGAUUGCAAAUCUCUUUAACUUAUUACGGAAAUCAGGGGUUUGACUCGUAAUGGUAUUUUAAAUAAACUGAUUUUCAAAUUCAGAGUUUAAUAAUGAACUGCGGUAUGGAAAGUAACUGAUGUUGUUGGCGAUUGGCUGUGAGUCUUGAAUUUCUAUUCCAAGUGUGUGCUGUCACGUAUUUUUUCGCUGGCUUGCCUCUUCUUUUUGAUGUUUUUUUUUCUGUCUUUGCCUGCGGUGUUUUUUCCCGCCUGUGACCUCCAACUGUUUUUGAUGCUUGGAGCAUGAGUCUAAGUGGCUCUUCCACUGAGUCACCUUAGUGUGACUUGGGAUUGCGUACUAUUUCUGAUGCCAGGUUGCCUUGGUUACCUCUUGAUAUGGUUUUCCUAAUUUUUCUUGCCUUUGGCAGGCGGGUUUCUCAUCGGUACUAACCCUUCUUUUGCAUGAUUCUGCAGGAACGAACUCAACAGUUUGUCAGGAAAAGCUGGAUGGAGCAAAAAGAUAUUCACUGGGAGAUAUAUUCAAGCAAACACUGCGCUUUGCUGAUAGGCAUUUAACCUUAAUUUACGAACAUGGCGAUCAGUGCAGUAAUAAACUUAACAGAACGACCAUCAUUAUGUUUAUAUGUGAUUAUCAUGUUGAUAAAGGACAGCCUGUUUUUACUACCGAACACUACUGCUUCUAUUAUUUUGAAUGGAGGACAAAAUAUGCUUGUGCACCAAGCCGUCGGACUGGAACACAAUGCCGAGUGGAGAGCCCAAACGGUUUGCGCUUUGAUUUGUCGGAACUUGUUCGCAUGAACAAUCAGUCAAAUUGGGUUGGUCUGGAUGGUGAGACUAGCAGCUCGGAUAGGAAAAUAUUCCUGAAUGUCUGUGGUGGUCUUAAUGUUAGAGAUGAAACACGGCAGUGCGACAGAACUGCUGCUGUAUGUAUGAUUGAAAAGGGCACAUGGGUAAGCCUGGGAAGAUACACAGACCCACCAACUUUGAACCAGGACAACUCCAUCAAGCUGGUUUAUACACAAGGCAGUGUAUGUAAGAAGGACAAUUUAGGGAAGAGCAUUCUAAGAAAUUCAACGAUAACGUUUAUUUGUCAACCUGGAGAUUUAGCAAGCGCUCCUGUUCUUGUCAGUCAUUCCGACGACAACUGUCAUUAUGAGUUCAUGUGGGAAACAGGUAAACAUUAAAUUUCUUAAGAUUUGUUAGUUGUAAGUGUCAUAGUUUAUGAGAGUUGCAAUUGUCAAGAAAAGGCGGAAAAAAAUCGAAGAACGGCUUCCCUGAAAGUCUGUCGGCCGUCUGUUGACAGACUUUCAACCAAAAGCCGGCCGACAGACGGUCGACAAUCAGCCAACAGACGACCCACAUUUGGCCGACAGACGACCAACAAUCGGCUGACAAACGGCCAACAGUUUUCUUCCCUGGGAGGGCCACUCCCAUUUAAAAGGAAUGAGGACUUUUAAAUCGUCUCGUUCAGGGGUGUAAGUAGGGAAAGCCAAUUACUGAUCAAGUUUCUUCUCCACAACUGUUCUUUAAAAUCAAGCGAUAUAUAAACUAUUUUACUCACUACACCUAACUGAGUAACUCACUUUCUCUUGUUAACAUAUUUUUUUCGAAUUUUUAGUUUUUGUUUUAUUGACGUAUCUUGUUUUGUAUGUGUUACGUGUUAACAUACUAUAAAUGUUAGUUAGAACCGUUCCACCCCUCAAAAAAAAAAAGAUCAAAAAGCUGUUUCUACCACAGACCCUUACCUUGGAAUCUCAUGGUGCAGUCUAGAGAGGCCAUUUUUUGUUAAAUUUAACGAUUAAACGAAUGGUUUUUAGCUGCAGCAUGUUCUUUGGGUGUAAAACGAGGAACAAACUGCAAGGUUCAAGAUAAAGAUGCUGGGUAUGCCUUUGACCUAACUCCUCUGGCUGAACAUAAGUGGGGAAAGAAUGAUUCUUACCUUCUACAAGCUGAUAAGUCAGUGUACAGCUAUCAGUUGAAGGUGAGGCUUUCACUGUUCCAUUUCUUGAACUCGCCGUUUUCAAUCGUUUACAAGAAUACAGGCGCCUUUUGCGCAGCUAAUUUUUGGACAUCAUUAUUUUGUCCAGCUGUUCUUUAGAGGUUUCGAUGGCGCCGCCAUCGAAAGUACUGCAGUGAAGCGAACACUCAUAGAAACAAAAAAGGCUCGAUACCAGACCAAAAUAUCCAAAAAGAUGUAAAGAAAAAUACCAGAAAAACCUGUUUAGACUUUCUUUUAAACCAGAUUUAGCGAACUGGGGAAGAUUAACAAAGAUUGACUCUACAAACUGAAGGCAGCGAUUUUCAACUACGCGAAAUGUUGUUUUUCUUGAGUACAGGGCGCGCCAUGCAUCUAGGGUGAACAUGGGCCUUUAAGUUAUCAGGUCUGUAAACUGAUCUCGCAACAAUACAGGACGAACUCUUCAACGGCUGCUAUAUAUUUCUUAAAAGAAUGUGCUACGACUCACUCACUUAUCGGGUACCUCGGAAGGUUCAAUUUGUUUACCACAAUAUUUUGUGCGCGGGUUUGACUGAAAAAGAGAGAACCAUAAACAAAAUAUUUAAAUGACGAAGGCAAACAAAAAAAUAUAGAAAGCCACAGGAAAAAGACAAAAAGAUUCCUGUGAAGCAAUAUGCUCACUACUUACAGGUAUUUCAACUCAGAUACGUUAGCUUAUAAUUGAUAACACACGAUAGCUUCUAGACCUCUUCGCUUUAUAACUCUUCACUGCUUAACACCAACAACCUUAAACUGCCUUAAUAUCUUCACUGCCGAUAUUCUUGACAUCUAGAAGGCGCCGUUAACAGGUCCUAACAAUAGCUAAUCAGUGGUACCAGAACAUGAUGGGAAUUUAGUAAUCCAUGUGUAGGCGGGGAUUACAUUUCCAGUGUCUUUUACUUUGUCAUGGUCUUCCUAGGUACCGUGUUCACCUGCUUAAUUGAAAAUGGGGCUUUGUCACGCUAUUUGCUAUCUUUGACUUUUUAAAUAGCUAGAAAGUGUCUUUGCAUCAAUAGCCUCCCCGCAGACAUCCCGAGUUUGGGGUUCGUUUGUCACGCAUUCGUGACGAACGAACCCCAAAGGACGUCUGCGGGGAGGCUAUUGCAUCAAAUGAAUUCCAAAAAUAAUGGUCCAGUUUUGUUAUUUAAUACUAUAUUUCUGCAUUGAAAUUGUUUCCUGUCGUCUGUUGCUUCAAAUGGCAAGAAUAGACAUGGAUUUAAAGGGGCUGCGUCACGGCAGUCCAGUCCAUUUUGUUUAAUUUUUCCAAUUACUCGCCCUCAGUCGCUAUGGAACUUAAAGUAAACAAAGAAAUUACAGAUAAAUGACAAAAUUAGAGAUCCGAGACAAGCAAAUGGUCUCCUGAGCAUUAUUUUUGAAGUUGCAAGCAGUAGGAAUCAACUUUGAAAAACUGUUGGACUGAACAGUUUUCAAAAGCCCUAAUUUCAAUCCGUUUCAAUCUUCUUCAGUUUUGCCGAUCCGUGGCAUCUGUUGUUUCUGUUAUGUUAUUUUAACCUUCCUUUAAAGUUUUCAGCGGUUAUUUUCAUGUUUCUCUUAAUUUAUCGGUCAUUUCGUAUUUUCCUAAUUUUUCUGAAUUUCGUGACACAGCUCCUUUAAACUUGAAAACGUUGGGCCAAUUUUUUCAAGUUUUAAUGCUCCCUGUUUGCCUGCUAAAAUCAUCAAAAAAUUAUUAUGGUUAGUGCUUCCCAAUGAAAUUUGCUUGAUAUCUUCAAGAUUCAAAACUCUACAGGAACAAUUUGGGCGCAGGCAAAGGCACCAAGUAAUGACUUUACAUCAGAAAUGACCUAAAACAACAAUAUCCUUGUGACAUACAGUAAAUCCCGUAUAUAAGAACCUAUGUUUUACCAAGCUAGGAUAAGAAGGUCCUUAUGAAAAUGGCGCCAACUGGAAAAUUAGGCUGCUCAGGUUCUUGAAGAGGUUCUUAUUUUUAAAAGUAAAUGAGGUGUUUGGGGCCUAUUUUGGGCCUAUUUUUGGUAUUGCAUGCAUAAUAAUUAUGUUAUUUGAUAACCCUUUAAUCUAAGCAUGUUAAAACCAUUUAUGAAGUUUAUACAAAGCUAUGGAAGUUAAAAAGAACAAUUUAAACAACAUGGUGCUGUGUCUUAUCUUCAUUUUACUCACUGGAAGAGCUUGUUCUAUUAAAUUUGUGUAUUCAGUGUUUGACUGAAUUUCUCAAAAUAAGAACCUGUUUCAAAAUUGUAGGCUAAAGCAGGUUCUUAUGUAAAAUGGGUCUAAAUGGACAAUCUUAGCCUAACAGGCUCUUAAAAUCUAGGUUCUUAUACGCGGGAUUUUAGUGUAGCCCCUUUAAUUUUCUCCACUCUUUGUUGACUAUCCAGAUUUGUGGUGGAAGUAACCAGACCUCUUGUCCUGGUGGCAACAUUGGGGCAUGUCAGAUAAAACGAGGAGAACCCACAUUUCACAAGAACCUGGGUAAACCUAAUGACAUACUGUUCUACUAUGAUGGAAUGUUGAAUCUAACCUAUAGAAAUGGAGAGCCUUGUCACAAUGGCGUCAAUCGUACCACGCACAUUACAUUCCUCUGUAACAGGUCGGCAGUUGACAAUGGAGUCGGAGUUCCAGAAUAUGAGAAAGAGGAUCACUGUGUUUAUAACUUUAGGUGGUUCACAAAGUACGCCUGCCUCACCAAGGUCAGUGAGUAAAAUUUACUGAAGAGGUGCUUGAGGAAAAGACUUGCCGUAUUCUCUCGAAUUAGCGCUGCCUUAGAAUAAGCGCCGCAUCAAAAUUUAUUGUGCGCCCCUCCCGAAUAAGCGCCGCGGCCCUGAUACAUGUAUAAUCAAAAUCAAAGGACUUUUACUGUUAGUUUAAUAAUGAAAAUAGUAAUACUGUAGUUACUACAAUUCUUUGUUGCGUCCAACUUUCAAAUAAACGCCUCUCCUCAAAUGAGCGUCACCCUCGAAAAAGCGCCGCAUUAGAGGAGUGGAAAAUUUAAUAAGCACCGCGGUGCUUAUUCGGGUAAAUACGGUAUGAUCUUCGCUAAAUUAAGUAAGCCCCCAUCUUUAUUAAGCCCCCUUCAAACGUACUUGAAAUUAAUAACUGCCCCCAGGGGGCUUAUAGAUCAGUUAUGGUAAUAGGAUUUAAUUUCUUGAUUUGCAGAUCGCAGAGUGUAUUGCCAGAUCCGGUUCAGAUCAAUAUGACUUGACAAGCUUGGUUAAGACAAUAGAUAACUGGCACGCUGACGGGGAUGGUGGAACGUUUUACAUCAAUGUUUGUCGCAUGUUGAAUCUUUCUCCUACCAUUUCCAAAUGCAGUGGUACUGCUUCAGUCUGCCUAGUGAAGCAGGAUGGUAGCUUUGUGAAUUUAGGUAAUUGACAGGGACUUUGAGAUCCAACGACUCGACGGCAACGAGAACGUCGCUUAAAAAGUGAAUUUGUGUUCCUACCGUCUUAAUAGCGAUUAUUCCUACCCACUUACUUUGUCAACUGUAGGCGAACCUUCCUGAAGCUAAAUUUCAAAGGACCAUAGCCAAGCUCAGAAAGAGAAAUAAAAUUUCGUCGUUGCUUGUUUACGUCCUCCAUAAAACGCAAAAUUAGGCAUUUCAAUCGUACUCGUGCAAAAACAGGAAAGAAAUGUACAAAAAAGCGUGAUGCACUUGCGAAGUUGUUAUUUUGCUUAUUAAACCAAUUGUUUUUUUGACCUUCUCGUUGCCGUUCGCGUCGUUGGAUCUUAAAGUUUCUAAUAUCAAUCAAGGAACUUGGUAAAUCUUUGCUUACUGAGUAGGCUUUUGCGGUCAACUUUUGCCUUGCGGCCACAUACAUGUACAAAUUCUCCAGACUAGUCUCCAUAAAUUUCGUUAAAGAAUUAUAUUUGAUAAAAGAUCGAAGCAUUUUCCCUUUGCUGAUCUUUUUACUAAUUCUCAUAUGCAUACUGUAAGGAGAAAAUUUAAAACAAACCCUGCUUCCGCUGCCGUACCAUGUGGAUUUGCUGCCUAGCACCUUUCCUGUCAAUUUUAUAGUCGAUCACAGACUCUCAACAGCUCUCAACACAUAAUCACUCAACUAAUUACACGAAAGUACUGCUAAGUAGCUUUCUGUAGAUGGUCGCACCAGAGGAUUCCGUUGACGGACUCUAAAGUUAAAAUCGUGGACACGUACCUCCAUAAAUGUAAGUGACAGUUAAAGAAACCGUCCAUUAACCCUUUUGAACUGAUUUCCACACAAUGCAGGAACAGUAUCAGACUCACCCCGUGUGGAGAAUACAGGCCGCGUUACCAUAACAUAUACCAAUGGUGAUAAAUGUGGCGGGCAGACUGGAAAGCUCUAUCGGUCCAAAAUCACUUUCAUCUGCAGAGAAGGCUUAACGGUGAGUAUUUUUUUGCAGUUAAAUUUUAAUACGCCGACCUUUUUUGUUAAUCAUCCUCUUUUCAAAUACAAAGAAGUGUGUGCGCAGUAAUAGUAAGUGAAUUCCUAUCGUUUUUUUAAUUGAAAGCGUGUAGUUAAAGGAACUGCGUCACGGAAUUUAUCAAAAUUCAAGUAGUGGGAACUGCCACCAAAUUAGGCUGAUUUAGGUAAGAGGACGGGAACGUCAGUUGACGACGGGAAAGCGCGCGGAAAGGACUAAACAGACUUCCGGUGCCCAAUUUGCCGCUCUGUCAUUGGUCAAGCCAGUUGUUUGAUUUGCGCGCGCCGUUGUCAACUGACGUUCCCGUUCUGUUGCUAAAUCAGCCUAAAAUUGAGUGAAACAGAAAAAUAACCGCGCAAAACAGUAAAAGAAGGUAUAAAUAAUAAUGUAAAUGAUAAAGAAGGCACGGAUGGAUAAAGUUGAAGAAGAUUGAAACGGAUUGCAAUUGUGGGUUUUGAAAACUUGUUAGCCUAACAGUUUUGCAAAGUUCACUUUCAUUGUAUUUAGCGUUUGAUAUAACACUUAAAGGGGCACAUUUGUUGGAGAAGAAGCUGUAAUUUUGUCGUUUACAAGUAAUUUCUUUUCCAUCGAUAAGUUCCAUACCGCAUCAGGACACGUAUUGACAAAAUAAACUAGACAUUUGUGAUAUCACAGCCCUUACAAAUCAUCAAUUCACGCUACUUUAAACCAUAGUUAAUUGAGUACAAUGGUUAUGAAACCCGUCAGACUCCUUUGUUAUAUGUUUUUGUGGACCUGAAAGUGCACAACGUUCAAAAGAAUUCCUAUCAUUUUGAUUGUAUUGACCAAUAAAAACGUUGCAUUAAUUUAUUCCGUAACAAUUUGCCAACAGAAAACAAAGGAUUGUACACUUUCACGGUACUUCCAACAUAAACUGCAGCACUGUUGUUCUUAUCAUUGAUGUUUGCCGCUUUUCAUAACCAGUCUCCUCUAAUAACUAUGUUUAAACUUUGGAAAUUAAAGAAGUAACUUGUACAUUCACCACACCGAGGUUGCUUGUGACACUGGGUCGUUGUUGGGACGAAUUGCAUUAUGGGACUGUUUUGGGGACCCUGUCGCUUUUCUUUAAGUUACGAGGUUGCGCAGUGCUAUUCGACACAACUCAGACCCAGUCUUGCGCAACCAUAAAAACUAAUAAUAGGUAUAAUUACUUUAAAAGCCACUUGCACAUCUCCGAUAAUGCACCUUAUUCCCCCCCCCCGACCAAAUUUUGCGUAACCUUUGUUUUUCAUUUCUCCUGGGUAUUACAGCCGUCCCAAGAGAAAUUGAAAACAGUGCUCAUGCAUAAUUUUGGGGGCAAAUAAGGUGCAUUGUGGGAUAUGUGCAAGUGGCGUAUUUAUUUAUUUACUUUUUAAAUUGCAGUACAACAUUAAAAUACAAUAUUAUCGAACAAUAUACUUUUACCAAAAAAAAAAAAAAAGAAGAAGAAAAAUUAUUUACACCACCAUACUUGCAUCAAACUUCAUUCAGUAAAGUAGCACGUGAGUAGCACGUGAGGAGGAGAAAUUUCAUAAACGUCUUCAGUCAUCUUCAAUUUACUGUACUCUAAUACUGAUCGUUUUUCUAAUUAAGUAACCGUAAAAUAUGCUACCGUUUAGUGUCCUAAUUAUGUGUUGUUUAGGUAACUGACCCGUACCUGCAAUUCAGCUCCAAGCUGUAAAAAGAGUCAAUAAACAAGUCAUUCAUUUAUAAUAUUAUUGUUAACAUAUUUAGGGUGAAAAGCAAAGUAUGAUUUGACGCUAUGAUUUUAAUUGCAUUGACUUUUCUUGCUAAAGGUUUUUCAAUACAGUUUUCAGAUGAGUUAGUAGCUAUUUUUAAAAAUUGAAAACGGGAAACUGUUCCCCGAUUUCUCGAUCUCUAUUUUACAGACUGCCUUUAGUAGAAGCCUUCCGGCCCAAUCCCUAUGUCGAAUCGACACUAAUUUUUCACCACUAACUUGUUUUGGUUAGAUAAAGUCGAUAUUACCGUGACACACUGAUAAAUAAAAAAGUAGAAUUAUUAACCUUCCAAUGAAAAUGGGACAUUAAAAGUCUAGAAUAUAGCUAACUUUUUCUGAAAACAACAACAACAAAAACAUUGUAUGUUUAAAUUCAAAUAAAUCACAAAGACACUUUCGUCCGAAUUCCUUUUAUUGCAGUAAUAAAUGCAUGGAUGAAAAAAAGUCUGUAUGGUUGAAAUUGCUCAUUGAUUUCAACUAAACUUUUCUGUUCUCUCUGCAGUCCUCGCCUCCUAAGUUUAUUGAAAAAGAGGAUCAUGGAUGCACUUACAAAUUUGAAUGGCAAACAGCAGCUGCGUGCAAGAUUGUCAACGUUGUCGGUGAUUUCUGUUUCGUGAAAGAUCCUAAAUCUGAUACAACCUUUAACCUGCGGCCACUGAUGAAGGACCCAAACAAAGGCGUGUACAAUGGAUCGUUAACGGAUGGCGAGGGAAGAGGGAAGUUUGAGCUUAAUAUUUGCGGUGCGGUGUCGGAUUGCAAAGGGAGAAAGGGCACAGGAGCUUGUUUGACGAAUGAAAAUGGUACCAAGAUCGUUUUGGGCAAGUUUAACAAAAGGCUGGAAUACAAGGGUGAAAUUGUUACACUGGUGUAUAAGUAAGUUUUGGUGCUUUUGUUAUUCACUUGUUUGAAGUCUUAACCCAAUGAUCAAGCUAAAUAAGCCUCUCAUGUUACGCCGACUCCCUAGCUACAUAGUCGCCGGUACUCGGUCUACGAUAUUGUUCCGACAUGUUGGAACCCAAGCGGUAGAGACCAUCCCAGGUCUUUACCGCUGGUAUGGUUAGGAUCUUAACCCAGUCGAGUUCAACUUCGUAAGAAGGUCAGUACGUUUUCCGUCGGACGAACUACCGGUCGGCGAUUAGUACAUCUUUUUUUAAAACGUUGUAGUGUUUAUGGCGGCGGUAAAAUGUGUUCCACAAUUAAGUAGGUUCACCGGGAACACGUUGUGGGUAGACCUGUUGCUUUACUAGGGCUCGACAGACCUUUCCUGCUUUCCAGGCCGCUCCAGUCAAGACACACACUGAAACGAGGUCGAUGCUUGACUGCUCAGUGUCAUAAAAAGCACUAAGCUUUUGAUUGUUGGUUCCAAAAAGCCUCGAGACAGUACUUUUGGUAACAGAAAAGCGAAAACGAAGACAACGUAGCGGGCCUGCUGACGUAGCCUGAUAAGCAAUUCAGUCGAGGCAGCGCAGUGUCAGGUGGGAACAGGAAAGCGCGCGGAAAGGACUAAACGCGACUUUCAGUGCUUAAUUUCCCGCCAUGUCGCCGCUCUGUCAUUGGUCAAGUCGGUCUUAAGAUCGUUGGGGGUAACAAUGUUAUAGAUGCUGGUGGUAGCUCCGCAAUGUUGUAUGGACAGUGGACAGCAUCAAUUUGAAAAAAUUUAUUUUCAGAGAAGGGGACAAUUUUGAAGCUACUGGACAACAGAGAGAGGUACACAUCAAAUUCAUCUGCAACCAUAAAAAGCCGCUUGGAGAGCCCCAGUUCACGAAUCAGCUUGGAAACAAGUACUUCUUUGACUUUCAGACCUCGUUAGUUUGUCCUGCAUCUGCCGUGGAGUGCUUUGUACGAAAGGGAAAUUUAACAUAUGACCUGACACCCUUGGGUCUUAUUGCUGGUAAGAAAAGUACUGUAAAGAGCAUCCGAGACAGACGUAGACCAAAAAGGAUCUCUUACUUUAUCGAUGCAUGGUUGUGUUUUCUUGUGGCGGCGAUUUUGAAUUUGCAGGCAGUUGGUGCGAAGUCUGGAAUCAAGAAAUUGCGAGGGACAGACCGUCCGAUAUUCCGAAAAUUCUCGGAAGAUCCGAUGGCCUGCCAACCUAAGCGGCUCCGAAAAUUUCUUGGUUCCAGAAAACCCACGCAUCAAUAAAGUAAGUAAUCUUUAUUCAUUUAUUAGAAUCUAAUCGGACAUGAGAGCCUCCUUUUGCCUAGACCAUAGCUUAGGACACAAUGGACCACUAGAUUUCUUCCUGAGUAGGUUGUUUCUAGCAGGCAAAUAUUUUUUCUCCUCUUCCCCUCAUGCCUUUAGCCUGAAAAAAAUCAUAAGUGACAAAUGUUAAGCGAAUAUAAUAGGAAAAUAAUUGACAAUAAUUGUUUGCCCAGGUUUGUUACACAUCGACCCUACUUUGUUUGAAUAUUCGGCCCUAAAAAACCCUCUUAAACUAAAGGGUCAGUUUUUUCAGAGUCUUGAGAAAACAACACUAGAAUUAUGAACUGUCACUUGAUAGAGCACUAAAGGAACACUCAACCAUAAACGGUGUCUCCAAGUUGUUUUCCUAAGUAACACAACUUAAUCUAAACAUCAGCCUGAAGUUUUGCUACUCUCUUUCCAAAAACCUGAGCUCCAAUGUCCUAGGUUUUUGUGAAAUUUCUAAUUCAGAUUGUAUAGAAAUGCUAUCGUAACCUUUCAUCUUAUUUUUAAGACAAUUUUAGUAUGGUCUUUGAUCCGCCUGUCUAAUAAUGCAGUCGGCAUUUUCCUAAUGUAUAACAUUUUGGAAUCUUUUAAGGAAUCUCUAUUUUGUGUUUGCUUCUAGAGAAACUGAUCGAACACAUUAAAACAAAGCCUGCGCUACAGACGAAACUAAACCCUGGCUAAGUCCGUCUGCGAAACAGCGUCAAAUCCCUUGUUCUGGGCCACCACCUUUGUACCAGGAUUUGAGUACGCGCCUUGAUUGGUCUGUCAAAAAAAGCCAUUGUUGAUUUGCCAAUCAGAAUGAAAGGAAAUUCGAAACGCCCUUCCGGUAAUUCUUUGAGUCCUUUGAGGGCCCAGAACAAGGAUCUUGUCCCUGUUUCGCAGACGUCACUAACCGAUGUUAAAUUACGUCUGCAACGCAGGCUACUUGAAAUACUGACUUUUCUUCUCCUAGGUAACUGGGAAGCCGUUGACUCCAGAUCAGAAGACAAACAUCUUCAUUAUUUUAUCAACGUUUGCCGUUCUGUGAACAUAAACGCCUCUAACGAACUUGUCAAAUGCCCCGGAGGCGCCAUAGGUGCUUGCCAGAUAGACCAUCAAUCGGGCAAAGGCUUCAAUUUGGGAUACGUUCAAAGUGAUCCCCAAAUUACGGACAACGGCGACUUGACGUUGCUGUAUUCUGGGGGAAGUGAAUGCCAUCAUCGGUAUAACAGGAGCAUUAGAAUUGUUUUCUCUUGCUCAAACACACCGGUAAGAUUAAUUUAGGGGCUAUUUAUAUGAUACCGGAAUGACUUUUAUUCCUUAAUGAGUUUCGUUCCAGAAUGAAGUUUUUACUCCUAAGUGUUUUCCUACUAGUGAGCCUAGCUUCCUAGCGGGGUGCGGGGGCAUGCCCCCAUGGAAAUGUUUUGAAAUGAAUAUGCGCUGAGAUGCAAUCUCAACCUCGUCGCGUCUGGAUGAUUUUUCUGCUAUAGUUACUUAUAUACUGUGAUGAGAAUACUUUUUUGGGGGAAUUUGGGCAUUGUGUGUGUGUUGGGGGGAGCUCUACCCCUCAAAUACCCUAGAUAGAACCCUGACCUUGCAUUUCGUCUUUUGUCCUAACUACGGCUAACUGUCCUAACUGCGGCUCUUAAAUAGAGAAUGUUGUCUUAUGCUUGCUUGCUUGUGGGAAUCUCAGUUUCCUUUUGUCCAAAACAUCGUUAGGAUAAAACAAUAAAAUUGAUUUCUUUUUCUGCAACUUUAGUCUCUUGCCGAAAUAAUUGGUUUCAUGAUGACACUUUUGUGCUGCAGAGCAAGUGCAAAUUAUGCUAACAAUGCUUUUUUCGAAAAUAGAUGAAAAUUAUGCUCAUCAUCACGAAUUGUGCCAAAAAUUAUGCUUGCACAAUGUAUCAAAGCUUAAAUACCCAGUGGAAGCCUCUGCGACGGAGAGAGUUUAUCCAUCUUAAAGCGAAUUCUAAAUAUUUUGGCUUCUAAAUCAACAUGUUUUAUCUUUUAUACUACUACAUAACAAAUUUCUGCAAUUUGAUUGGCUUAGAGCAGUGGUAUUUCAGCUUAAUUUGAAAUACCUACAUGUGAAAAUUACAAACCUUUUGUGGGUAGUAGUAUGAACAAAUAAUAGCAUGAUUUGUACGUGAUAUUUGGCAUAAAUACCUCUCGUGAUAUUUCAAAAUUGUCUCAAAUUUCACUCGCCUAAUGGCUCGUGAAAUUACGUGUAACAACUUUGAAAUGUCACUCGUGGUAUUUAUGCCAAAUAUCACUAGAAAUCAUGCUAUUACCUAUACUUAUCAGUUGUUAUCGCUUUUGUUAUUGCAGGGCUCUCCCAUUUUCGUAGCUGAAUCCUUGGAAUGUGAAUACCUUUUUACUUGGCAAACACCCAGUGCUUGUGCACUUACCUUAGAGGAAGGGGACAACUGCACGGUGGAAGACAAGCAGUAUGGCUACAUGUUCGACUUGAGCAGGCUGUACAAUGCAAGUAAAGAUUACAGUGUAAAUGUCAGCGGGGUAUCUGGCGUGAGGAUCAUUCUUAAUGUCUGCAACCGAUUAGUUAACAACCCAGAUCAGUGUAAAAAAGGAAGCGGUGCCUGUAUUAUGAAAGGUGAGUGAAUUAGGUUGUAGUCUUUGUAUACCUGAGUAUAGCAAAUCUGGCCAUGCAAUGGAGGAAUCGCCCCUUUAAAAAGCAACUUUAGGUAAUUCCCCUGAAAAGGGUGUACUUUUGAGAGUUUUUUCAGACUUGGCAUGUUUGCCAGCAGUAUACACGACACUGAAGAACUAAAAUAAAGUAAGAUUCUUUUCCUAGUUGCACGCAAAAUGUUCCAAACUUGAACAUAGGUCUUAAAUUCUUAUCAAGUAGCAAAAACUUUGAAUCUUACUAAAACCUUACGCCCGUUUGUUUGUCCUGGCUAUAAUUUUCAGUCAAUUGACCUAUAAACUUGCUUUCUUUGUAUUUUUUUUGAUCUCCUCCUUCCUUGGCUUUAUUGUUAUCCCGAGCUCUCUACUUUCUUCAAUAAUAUUAUAUACCAUUUUCUCUUACAAAUUAUCCACAGAUGGCAAACCUUCCUCCGUCAGCUCGAGCAAUCACCUGACGUACUUCAAUGGUCAGAUAAACAUGACGUAUGGUAAACCCCCCGGACCAUCUGUCAACUUCAUCUUUGAAUGUGAUCAAGAAAAAAAAGGAAGAGAAACUCGCCCAAAGUGUGAGAGCAAGUCAGACGAUACCUACGAGUGUCACUGGCUAACUCCUUAUGCUUGCAGACCUAUGAUUAGCGUACAGUGUAGUAUUCGGAUUUUGAAUGGCAAACUUGAUGAUAGUCAGUAUGACUACUCGUUAUUGUCCAGGAGUACAAACAACUGGCAAGCACAAUGUACCAGCCCUUUUUCUUGUGAUGGCGCGUCAUACUUUAUUAAUGUUUGUCGAACAGUGUUGUUAAAUGGAGGGGCUGUACGUUGUCCUCCUACAGCCGGCAUUUGUAUGGUUAAAGGGUAUGUAUAUAAAAUUCUUUCUUUACAAGUUGCUUAUAGCGAGUUUUCUUGUCCGCGGCAGGAUUAGUUCAGUCGCUAGAGCGCUUGACGGCAGAUUUUGAGGUCGCGGGUUCGAUUCCCAGGGCCAGACCAAUACUCAGGGUCUUAAAAUAACCGAGAAAUGAAGGUAUUACCUUUAAUGCCCUGCACACGGCCAGACCUUCGCGUGGCUCGGAUGACCACGUAAAAUGGCGGUCCCGUCUCCACUAAGAGACGUAAAAUAGUGUCUCCAAUUAGCACUUUCGUGCAAUAAAGUGCAUUGUUUCAUUUUUUUAGAGCAAUGUGAGAUUGCCAUAGUCGGAGAAGAGUCUAUGAAAAACAGUUUUACAGAAAGUUUGGGAUAGGCUUAUUUCUUCCCAAAGUCAGGGUUAAUUCAGGGAAUCUUAUUUCCUGAAAGCCAUUUAUAGGGUCGUAAAAUUGAUGAUAAGAACAUUUUGGUCCGGAAAAUCAUCUCAUUUGUUUACAGAUGUCGUGAAAUGAUAAACAUCCCGUGAAAUAGUGAAGAAAUUAACGACGGCAGAUCGUUGAAAAGUCAAGAAACAGAUCCAGGGAAUAUUUUUGGUGUUAAUGAAAGGCAACCAUUCAAUUUUCUCAGUAGAACUUGCAGAACUCAUUUGUUGCAAGUUUGAAUUAGUAACGUGUUGCCGCCUGUUUUGAAGCACUUGAAAAGACGAUUUCUGCGAGGAACCUAGACUUGAGUAUCGUGAAAUAGGGGUGCAAUUUCGUUGUAAUUUUUUAUUGACGGCAGAGUCUGGCUGGUAUGCAUGGAUAGAAUUUUACAGGCUUAAAACGGAUAGCAUUCGGGUAAACUUGAAAAACACUGAACAAACUUCAAAAAUCGACUUCGAUUUGUAUUCAUUGACUAGAUUGACAUUAUUGCGCGAGAAUCACCUUCGAGCAUUGCCUGUUGUCCUUUGAACAUUUAAAGUUCGUAGCUAAGGAGUAAACAGAGGUCAACGAAAAAAAAAAUAAAACAAAAACAACAACAACAACAACAAAAUACAAAAUACAAAGAGAAAUAAACGGUGACUUAUUUUAGCCCCUCAGCUAUAACAAUAAUUUGUUUUAUUGAAUGAUUGUUAACGGCUUUUUUCAAUUUUUAGUGGUAAAGCGUACAACCUGGGAGGCAUUAAACGUGGACCAGUGAAAGAAGGAAGCAACAUCUAUUUGAAGUAUGAAGAUGGAGACGACUGCGGUCAUAGUGGAAAGAAAUAUUCUUCUCAAAUACAUAUGCAAUGUGGAAUCAAACAGGUAAGGAAUAAUUAACAUUUAUUGUACGAGGUUGAGCAAAAUAUCGUGAUUUGGUAGUGGUUUUAUCAUUCGAUCACUGAGUUUGUUUUUUGAUUAUUGGCGAAGCAAUCUGCCAUUUUCACGCAAGAGCGAUGGCAAGAAGGGGAAAAGCGUGGUUUCAUUUACGCAUGGGCAGAAUAUUAUUUGCAGCCAAGCAAGGUUGGACGACAUUGCGCUUGAGCAGAACAUUAUCAGUUGUUUCACCGGCGAAAAACGUCUGAUUGGUCGACGCGCGACCACGUGACAUUGCCAAACUCAAAAUGGCGGCAAUACCUCCAUCGUUUGUUUAUUCCAGUGGAUAGAAGAUUAUUUGCGGCUUAAUAUGGGUUGCAAAUGCAAUAUACGGAUUUUUUUAGAAUAGCCUAGACUUUUUUUUAUCCUUUUUCACCUAUUCCUGUGGGAUUCGUUCCCUGUGAUGCUCGCGUUUUGGCCGGACAACAAUAUUUCUGAAAAAAGCCGAGUCACGAGAAAGAACGGCCUUUGUUCUCAGCUCAGUGCACCGGAGAAAUAAGACACUAUGGGUCCUUUGAAAUUGCUCAGAUACCUGGAUGUCAUUUUAUUUUUUUUUACCGAAAAGAUAAAGCAAAAUUAUAUUCUCUCCAGUAAGACUUUCUAGCUUGAAUAUGAGCUAAAUGAACUUUAGUGUCUGCAUUCAUGCUCUUUUUAUUGUGAACGGGUGCAAUUUUAAUAUCAAAACUUUAAAGCCGUCUAUGACCGAGCAGGUUUUUUUUUCUUUUUUCCUUUUACUGGUUACUGUGCUUGAUCUGAAAAAGAUAAUGAAAUUUUUAAAAUUGGGGGAAUGCUAUACAUAAAAGAAGAGAACUUUGAUUGCAAAUAUGUUAGUUGGAAAAAUACUGAUUAUAUCUUUUCAGUAUAUAGGUUAGAAAAGUGAUGCGUAGUCAAAAGUGCUACAAAGGAGUAAAAAUCCAUAUCUCAGUUUUCAUUAAUAAAUUUUAUUGACACUGUCAGGGACAUAAUUAUGCUUUCUUAGAGUACACAUUUGUACAUCAAAAAUCUUGUUUGUGAGGCUGCAUUUUGUUUGAUUCAGGAUCAAUCAAUCUUUCCUGAAGAGAAAUAAACAAUAAUAAAAGUAUGUUAACAUCUCAGAUACUUCACCACUGCCCUAGCCAACAACUAAGAAGAAACUGAAUUUCAUAUAAAAAAAAGUGAAAACUACUUCACUGUGAAACAACAACCCCUUCAAAUAUAUAUCACAUUAAAUUCAUGCAAAAUGUAGAUCUGAUGAUAAGUUUAUAGGAAUAGAAACAAACUAUAAUUACAAUGAAACUAUAAAGUUUGAAUGAGAUCUGUAUUUGAGUGUUCUCUCAUAAUUCUGUCAGAAGAUCCAAAUUUGAAACUGUAUAUCCUACACAACUGCAUUCGUCAACAUGAUCCAACUAAAAUUUCAUUAAGACUCAAAGUUUACUCCAAACUAUAAACUCCUGUAAGUUUAAUUUGUGAUAAUUAUUUUUUUUCUUGGAAAGAACUUUUGAAUACUUAAUAGCAUGUUAACUCUAUCGUUCACUCGUAACUUUGCUCCAGAAAAAUUAAGCCAAAAACGAUGGACAGAAAAACAAAAGCAUUCACAGGAAAAUUACCCUGUUCAUCUCCCUCCAGGAUGCAAUUUUCAAGCAAAGAGGCAACCCAACCCACAGAAAGCCCUGUGUACAAAAAUUUAGUACUAAAAAAUUGUACACGGGGGAAACAAUGUCCGCAAGUGCGGUUCCUAACGAAGAAAGUAACAAGUAACUCGUUGUGUGGAUAAUCCCAAGCCAAGUUUAUGAGCAAAAUAAUCUAAACUUCGAUCCUUCAAGCCUAAAUGUACAGCAGCUGUACACAUUCUGUAAACAGAAUUUUUGUUUGCAAAUCAAAAUGUUGCUGGACCUAUCGAACGGUAGCUCCAAGACAGUCUAAGCGUUUAAUGAAAACACUCUCACAUUUUUUCAUUCGACAGUUCGGAUAAAACUCAAAUUUCUUUCACAUACAAAGCUGUAAUAAUGUGCAACAACAAUGAAAUCUGCAUCGAUCGACAAUAUCACGUUUCGAACUACGCACUUUAGAAAACUGCGGCAAACCCGGCCGCUUUCGAUCCACUAGCCACAAGACAAUUUACACAGCAAGACAAUCGCUAAGAAUAUUUCUUUACCUUCUUUAUAAUUUCCUUUUGUACCGAGUGACACGAGAUUAACUUGAACCAAGCGUAAGCUUAUUUUUUUGCCAUAAACGGAGUAAACACACACACACGGAGAUUUAGCAUCUAAAUAUAGUUUUUCCAGCAACAAAGUACUAGCUAAGUCAUAUUAACAAAACAAAGCCCAAAAAUGUCUGUCCCUCUACUUUUUUUGAUUGAAUCCGUGAUAAGAAACUUGAACUAAACAACAAAAACAUUUUGGAUAGCGUUGUAAUACGCUCUUCGCUCAACAGUCGAAUGUUGUCGAAUGUUAGAUUCACAAAAUCGAAUUUUGACACAAAAACGGGAUACACAUUUAACAAAACUGUCGCUUCCGUGCAACUCGGUACAAGCUAAUUUAUAUACCAAAACAAAGCCCAAUAAUUUUUCUUCCACUGCUGUAUAAUUUCUUUUUGUACCGAGUUGCACGGAACAUGCAGUAAACUCCGUUGUAAUGUACUUCCGUUGUAAUGCACUUUGUUAACCUCAAAAAGAUUUUUUUAUGUGAAACACUUUCCUCUGCUGAUAUAAAAACUACCUUUCCCUCUAGACACUCUCUUUACACUCACCUUUGGUCAAAAAAGUAAAAAAAUAGAGUGUGUCAUUGAUAAAGUACCAUGACAAGGUUACGUGCACCCUUAAGGGCCUGUUUACAUGGAGGUGGGGGACCCCAGGUAGGUGAGGUAACCGACCUGUCCAUAUGAUCUCUCAUUUUAAUUGGAUCACGCUUACAUGAUAGGUGGGGUCUGCCAGACCGGCUAACCCUCUCAGCCGGGGACAAAUUUUGCCAUGUAAACGUUCAACGUCGGGUAACCCGCGUAGCCAGGGUCGGAUUCGUGAUACAUCAAAUUCGCGAAAAAUUCACUUUGGCGGUGGUUUUGCAUCAUUAUUAAAGGAAACAAUAGAAAGCAACAGCACUGAAGGUUGCAGCAAGUGAGUGUUGAAGAGCAUUAAUCGCCAAAACACGUGGUUUGCCAGCAUAUUUCUUUUUUACGUGCUUAGCGACCAUUCAAUAAUCUUGAGAAAGUGCACCCCGGGAUAGCGGGGUUGUAAGAUUGCAUGUAAAGUAGGCUAUACUUUUAAACCCACCUAAACGGGUUACUUCACCUACCUGGGGUCCCCCACCUCCAUGUAAACAGGCCCUAACUGCGCUCGUAAGUUAUCACGUAAAACAGAAACUUGUGAGAGUGCUAAGUGUGUACCAUGCAACAUCCGUAAGUGUACCCAUAACGGAUUCGUAAGUGACCUAGUUAAGUGAGCACUUAAGUGCGUGUUUUUUGCAACUGGGCCCAGGAAACACUGUACAGUCGUAAGCUCUGCAUUAACAGCAGCGUAGACCGAUAGACCAUAGAUCAAAUUAGGGAUAACUAGACUUUGAAACAGCUAGUCUAAUUCUGUCUGAGUAUAACCCUCCUUCCUUAACGAUCUCCGUAUAAAAAGACAUUUGUUAGCUUUAAUUAGCUUCUUGCGUAGAUGUGUAGUAAAUCGGCAAUCUUCCUGGAAAGUGACACCAAGAAUGGAGAACGCCCUGGUUUGCGAAACACCUUACACGAGAGGAAAAACCUGUUUACAGUAGAAUCCAGCCAUCUUGACCUCACGCGUGGCCAAUAACGCAUACCGUAAAAUCCUACGUUAAAGCCCCCCCCCCUCCCGCAGUUUUUAGCCCCUCCGGAUAUAAGAGGACCGGAAGAGAGGAUCUGUCCUAUCUGCAAAAAAGACGUAGAAGAUGAAAUACACUUUUUAACUCUGUACCCUGCGUAUCAAGAAAAAAGAAGUACUUUAUUUGAAUACUUAAACAAAGAAUACAGAAUAUCAGUAAACAGAAUGGCACCAGAUGAUGUUUUUCUGUUGUCAAUAAACCCUCCGAGCAAGAACAAACCAGUGCAAAAGUUAAUUGCAAAAUACAUAUUCGACUGCUAUGAGAAAAGAAGAUCAUUAGUUCUUUAGGUUAACAUUGAUUAUAGUUCCACUAGUGCGCAAUUUGUGUUAUGAUUUUAAAUUAUUUGGAUAAAGGCGAUGUACGUAGGACUGUACAAGACUCCAAAUAAAGCAUUGUCUUGUCUUGUCUAUAAGCCCAUCUAUUUGCUAACGAAAGUAUCAUUUGGGAUAUAAGCCGCUCCGUUUAGAAGCCCAUCUAACGUAUAAGUGCGUUCUCCGUUUAUUGUGACUUACAAUAAAUGUAUUACAAAUGUAACUCUAAAUGUAAUGCUAUGUUUGCUUUACUUCGUAGUUCCGAAUCAUGUUUUUUAUUUCGCUUAUAUGCCCCCCCGGAUAUCCGGAUAUACCCCCUCCGUUUACAAGCCCACCCAAAACCCUUUAUGAAGUUGUAUAAACCCAGGGCUUUAACGUGGGAUUUUACGGUAUACACUAUAAAAUCUUGGUUUCUGUCAAAUGGGGGCGAUUAAUCGAUGAACGGCUAUUAUUCGAGGAAAUUUUCAUCCGCUCUUUAUGAGCUUUUUCAUCGGCGAGCGGUUUUAAAACCCAUACAGAUCGGACGCAAAUAUUUUACCUUACCUGUCAAAUAAAGCAAUGGGUACAGAUAUGUUUGUGAUUGAAAUAUCCUUUCUUGCGAGGCGGGGGGGCAGCUGGUACGGUUUCUCGAAAUGCUAGCUACAUAAACCAAUCUCUUUACUCUUCCGCAGCCCUUUGGUUGUUAAUAAUAUAACGUUUUUGUGACCCCCCCCCUCCCCGAUGAUUCACAGCUCUAUUGUCACGUCAAAGUGAAAAUAACAAAUAUUUAACGCAGCUUUCUUGUUUGCAGGGCAGACCAAUGUUUGUGAGGAAAUCCGAUCAGACUUGUCUGUAUGAAUUCCUUUGGGUUACCAGCGCAGCAUGCCCAGUCAAUGUUAAGGAAGAUACUGUUUUCGACGACUGUACUGCAGUUAACCCUCAAACAAACGUGGAGUUUGAUUUGAAGGUUUUGAGGAACACAGGAAAUGACUAUGUUGUGCGAGAUGGGAAGACGAACCUCACUUACUACGUGAAUGUCUGCGGUCCACUUGUUAACUCGCGAGGUCAGUUCAUAUGUAUGUUGCGGUUCAAUGUUAUCCCUGGGUUGGAAACUUUUUCAAUAUUACUGUUCUUGCUGAUGUCAAAAUAGUCUGGAACAGAGUUACCGCUAGCAAUGUUCACUCUUUUCUAAUCCGUGGUAUGGAGUCAAGACUGUUACAAGAAACUAAUCUAUCCUGGACUGUGUGACCGUUCUUAUGUUUGGUUUAAAGGGGGCUUUUGAAAACCUAAAAUUUGUCUUCGAGUCAAUUGAAUUCUAAAAAUACUAGUCCAGUUUUGUUAUUUUAAGGGACAGGUUCACGAUUAAGCGGAUGCUCAUUAGUUCUUUCCAAUUUAUUAUUAAUUGCGUUCUCGUACCUCGAACGCAACCCCUAAUUUGUGUUGGGUGUUAUGUACAUUAUUGGGUAUCCUGUGUUAUUAAUAAGGGAGGUUUUUUCGAGAUUGCAUUCAUCGUCGUCGUCGUCGUCGUCGACACACAUUUGCUUCGUUUUGAGGCGCAUGCUUGGAUGAUAAGGAUGGACAUGGACUGAAACUUGAAAAAGUUCGGCCAACUUUUAAUGCCAUGCCCGGUGCUCCCUGAUGAAAUUUGUGAUAUCUUUUUAGCUCUACACAAACAUUUUGUAUGUGGCUAAAAGAACUAACUGAUAAAUUCAGCACAGAAUUGACCUAAAAUAGAAAUGUCCUGGUGACCUAGCCCCUAAAACUGUUCCCUCAGUAUUAAGUGGCAACGUUGAUUGAAUUGUUUUGCAGGUUGUAAGUCAAAGUCUGGUGUCUGCCAAGUUGGUACACAGCAGUUCAGUGCUGGUUUGUCCAACAAACGCCUUCAUUUUGAUGAUGGCGUUUUGUUCUUAAACUUAAGCGGCGGCGAUGAUUGUCAUCACGUAAAGAGGAAGCGACAAACCAUCAUCUCCUUUGUGUGCAGCUCAGGUUAUAGCAACAGGGAUGAUAACGGACAACCUGUGUUCAUAUCCGAGGAUGAUUGUACAUAUUACAUUGUGUGGCACACUCCACUGGUUUGCGAAAGACAGGUUGGUGAACUAAAUAGGAGCUUUAUUAUCCAAAUUCUCACCUAGUACGACGCACAAUCGGCGACAACAUUGUAGCAUCGAGUAGGGACAAAUGAGGGUGUACUUUCUACACACCGGCCAGGUACUUUUUCAUUGUUUUAGAACCAGCAGGUCUUUAUUGUGGACACUGAACUGGAACAGUAGGUUAUUGUUUGUAAUAAUGACCUCCUCUUCCAAAUCAGUGACCUGCUCUUCCAUUUAUUGAAAAUAAUAACAUGUUUAUAAUAAUGGAAAAGUGCAUUAAAAAACAAUCUGGGUCCCUCCCACACCCCAACCAAAAUUUGAACGUUUUUCGUUCCCUACAGGUGGCUUGAACAGAGCCAAACAUUUCUUAUUGGGGGCGGGGGGAGAGAAGGCUGGCUUUUUCUCUUUUAAAGUACAUGGUGUCGGCCUUACGUCUAGUUAAGAGGUUCUAAAAGUAUCAGCGGGUAGUAGCAAAUGGUCUUUACAUUAGCUUACUGUAUUUAUUGAGACCAUUUGUUGAAAACAGCUAUUCCUUCUAUUCAUGAUUUUUCGCAUUUAUCCAUAUUUUCAUCGCUUUAAUUUUGUAAACGUGCCCUUAACCCUUAAAGGUUAAAGGUUAUUUACAUAAAGUGAUCUAUGUUUUAUGCAAUAAUUAACUAUCAGUUUAAGACAAGUGAACUGAAAAAUGAAGAGAAGUUGGUGAAGCAAACAGUUCAAGCCUUGAAGACUUACUAAAAUAGACUGGGAAUGUUCAUUUUUGUAUGAAAUUAUAUUCUUAGUAGGUGGUCCUUGAAAAGUCCUUGAAAAAUGGUUGCAAUUUUUGUAUGAACCCUGUCGAAUCCCUGAGGCAACAUUGCACGCGGGUCGAUCUUGUUGUUUCAUUUCAUCCUUGAGUGGCUGGGAUGUGUCUCCAUCUAAAUCAUUUAUAUAUUCACCUUUAAUGUGUCUUUUUAACAGAAGUAAGAUCCUCGCCGUUUUAUAAACAAAUUGAGUAGAUGUUAUGAAACCUUCACCUAUAUCGCAUGGUCACGGGCUCGAAAUCCGUCCAAGCGUUAGUUUUUUAUAUUUAUAUGUAUUUUUUUCCUUUUAAGAAUCUUCAUUCCGCGUUCAAAUAUACGAAUCUCGUACGUUCAUUUUUCUUAUACGCAAUUUCAGUAUGAAUGCGCAGCUAUAACGAAGAGUAAAGAUGGUAGCAGAACAGUGAAGUACAGCCUUGGAAGACUCAUGCGAUCUGAUGCCAAUUGGCUGGUAAGAGGACGGUAACUUUGAUAACAAACUUUCCAUCUUCCGAUGGACUUAUUUACCUAGUUUCAUCAAUUCUUGACAGGGUCAACCCAACAGCGCGCAGUGCCUUAAUGCGGGGCCGUAACAGUCCCUACCCCAAUGAGAGAUACGCACAGUACGUGGGAUGUUUGACGUCCCCAGAAAUUAUACGUGAAAAGGUUGUGAGACGGGGUCAACGAUUUAUCAUCCUUGUUCGAGAAGACUAGAAAGUCUAACCGUUUGCAAAUGCCUUUACAAAGAUAGCACUUUCUUCUCAAUUAUCUAGACCCUGAAUGUUGGUCAGGCCAAAGUUUGAAUUAGCGGCCUCCCGCUCGGCAGACGGGCGCUUAUCCAAUUGAGCUAACCGGGCGGCGACGAUUUGUUCUUACUUCUUUUAAUUUUCUGGAUUUCAAAGUCCUCAAGGUGUAGUCUAGUUGUAGUUUUAAAAAACGUUUGAAAACCGAUUCGAGUGACAUAAAAACAAUGGAAACAAGUGGCUGAGCCGUUGUUGUUUAUUUUUUCAUCAAAUUUGAGUACAUUCUUAUCUUAUUUAAUUUACUCCAUCUUCAGUAAGCUUUUGAAUUUUUGCAGCACGUCAUAAUGCUCACAUGGUGAGACCUAUGAAGUUUUUUACUUCAGUGAGCUUUUUGUUCUCUUAUAAACCCUCUUAGUUUCAUGCUUACAUACCUUACCAACCAUAGCUGUCGACCAAUCAGCGCGCGAGAGAAAUCUCUUAGUUAUUGAAAAAUUAACAUUUUCCUUCACUUUCUUUCGUGCAGGUGACCACAGAAGGAGGCGUUAAGGAUCCGCAGCACACUAUUUAUGUGAAUUUGUGUCGUCCCCUGUUGGCCAUGCCCGGCACGUCCUGUAAGGCAGGAGCCUGGGCUUGUGGUAUUGGAGACCCUACUUGGGUUAGUAACAACAGUAGAGCAUAAAUCCUCGUCUGGGCCUUCUGAUAGCCACUACUAGCGAAUAGACAACCGCGAACGGAACAAAUUUCUUAGCGUUCUUUCUUUUCUCUUCGUGGAGGCGUGUGUGGCCGAGCGGUUAACACCUCGAACUCCGGAUCCUGCGGUUCAGGGUUCAAACCUAGCCUCCCACGCAGGCGUUUUUCGGGGAGCUCGUAUUUGUGGGGAGGGAAGAAACCUCGCUCCUCACGUCGUUUUCUUAGACAUUCACAAGGAACUUUACUCCACUUUGUCUCUCGUCACCCAGGUGUAUAAAUGGGUACCAGCGAUAUACUGCUGGGGGGUAACCCUGCAAUGGACUAGCAUCCAGUCCAGGGGGGAGUGGCAAUACUCCUAGGCAUGCUUCACGCUAAGGAAAUAGUAAUAGAUUAGCGUAACGAUAUCCACCUUUUAAAGAACUGGGGACAGAGAGAUAAAUCCUUUUUAUCGUUUUUUGUUUUUGUUUUUAGGACUUGGGCUCUGCAACUGACCCACCAGAAGUAGUGAGCGAGGGAGAGGUGCGACUUGUGUAUAAGGGUAAAACUCGUUGCAAGAUUGGCGAAGAUUCGACGCCAUGGCAAGUCCAUUUCAUGUUUAUCUGCAGUUACGGCUCUUUGGUGAGUUUAAAUUAACCUUACCUUUGUAUUUAAAGUGCAGCAAACCCAGCUGGGCCCUCCUAAACAUUAACUGGCCAAUCACAGACCACGUUCACCACAAAGAGGUCUGAGUUCAUUGGCCAUGUAAUAAAAAACAAUAACAUUUCUUUGAAGUUGAAAGAGACCCAACGGUGGCUCGGUGGAGCUCGUUCCAGUGGUCUGAAUGCGCACAGGAAAGGUUAAUAUGAACCGUGAUUGGUUACUUCAACGCUCAACAUGGAACUUCCUUGCCUGCUCGAAAUUUCCCGUUAUAUUCCCGUGGCAAUUUCUUCUUCAAGUUGUCUCCCCACAGCGAAACGUAGCUUGCGAAAACAGUCGUUUCUCCUCGCUCCUCGGAGACGUUUCGAGAGGAGGAACGUCUGCGACUCAGCAACAGAAAUUCCAUACUGAUGACGGAAAAUCUGUCCGGAAUCCGGUCAGGAGCGCUGAUUGGUCGACGGAGUAGUUACAUUGUUUUAGCUAUUGUUUACGAAUGAUAGACAAAAGUCAGAAGGCUAUAAAGGUCAAAUUUAAACGCGAUGAAUACUAUAACAAAACAGUCAAUAUUUGUGGAAUAUAGUCUUGUCUAGAAGAAGCAUUUGAGUUUUGCUGGAGCUCGUUCGUAAAUGAACACAACACUUUACCAAAAUCGACCAGCAGAAACGUAAAAUCGAACAAAAUUACAUUUGGAACCCCAUGACUACCGGAUUUAUUAUGUAAACAUUGAUUUACGUCAUCAGUAUGGAAUUUCUGUCGCUGAGUCGCGAACGUUCUCCUCGCGAAACGUCCCCAGCGGCGAGGAACGAGGAGAAACGGCUGUUUUCGCAGGCUAAGCGAAACGCGAUUUCAGCAGAAGUCGGUGUGACUGGGUCCUAAAAAAUUUUGCAAUCUUUGUCUGCCAUAAUAGGCCAUUUUUCCCAAGCCUAGGUGCAAAGCCACUGAUAUAAAAAUGAUUUUUUUGUUCUCAUACAAAUGAAACUAAUUUUCUUAACGCCUCGCUUUAAAAGUGAUAAUUUUUGGAACUCGGAAAUGCCCUUUUAACCCAUUGAAAAUGACGUUGCUUUCUAUGUUCCUCGCUUUCAGGGGCAUCCAGUUUUAGAGUCUGUGUCCCAGGAUAGUUGCAUCAUCCGUAUUAGAUGGUUAACGUCAGCUGCCUGUGGUGAUGAGCAGAAAGCAGAGCUUGAUAAAUGCAGAGUCCACGACUAUAGCACGGGAGAAUAUUAUGACUUAAACCGGCUUUCACCGAGCCAUUCUGGGGAUUUUAAAUAUCACAUUGUGGUACGUUAGUUAUCAGCAUGACUCGUCAUGACGUCAAGGUGCAUUGUGGGUUUCCAGGCAACCGAAUUUGAGACCUCGCAUGUGAAUCCCACAAGGCUUGCUAGGCGAAGUGUGAUCUUGCUUUGGUCAUAUUUUUAUCGGUUUGGUUGGCAGAUGAAAUUGCCUAGCAACAAAGCAGUUAGAAAAAAAAGACUGCUACUUAACAUUGCCGGGUUGUUUUAGCGACCAUGUCAGAAGUCAAUAAAUGCUUUUAGCGAUGAAUAUUAAGAGAAAAUGAAAGUGAUUUUGACCAUAGCGUUAAAGAUAUUUCCUGAAAGAUAUCUUUGAAUUCGUGUUUAAUAGGACUCGAUCAACUUUAAACGGCGCGUGCUGGCGGAAUUUCUACGGAAAAAAACUUUAAAUCAAAUAAUUUUUGUCUCCAAUUUAGUCGUACAUUCCCACGUGGCGUAGUGGUGACGAAUUAACCCAGCGACCAGGAUGUACAGAGUUCAAUUACUUACUUUUCUUUUUCUCUCUUUUUUUGUGUUAUUGUAGUUUUGCUUUGUUUCUUUACAUAUCGUACAUUUCAUAAUAUAAAUGUUCCUAACCCUAUUGCCUUCUUUGUUUCUUUCUACCUCUUGCUGCUAUCCUUAAGUGCUGCGCGAGGUCCUGCGAUUCACGUAUUUCUGGUAAUAUUAAGAAAUUAGAGUUAGCACAUCCACAUACCGUGUAGUAGUGGUUCUUCAUCUACCCACAUGGUUCAAUUUGGAAAUGUUGGUUAAGAUUGAGUCGAGGGAAAAAAGGAGUACCCGGAGAAAGACUUCUUGGAGAAAAGGAGAGAAUCAACAACAAACUCAACCCACAUAUGAGAUCGACCCCGGGACAGCUCGGACGACAUUGGUGGGAGGCAAGUGUUCUCACCACUGUGCCACCCUUGCUCAUGUGAAAGUAGUGCUGAACAGGUUUCAUUUGGAUGGUUACAGCAUAGGAUUUCAACCACAGACUCAACAGUUACAAUUACAUACUGAAUAAAUAGUAUCAUAUGAAAGUACUGCUGAAGAGGUUGCAUUUGAAUGGUAACACCGUAGGAUUUCAUCCACAGACUCAUAAGUUAGAACUAUGUACUAAAUAAAUAGUACUACGUGAAAGUACUGCUGAAGAGUUUUCAUUUGAAUGGUAACACCAUAGGAUUUCAUCCACAGACUCAAAAGUUAGAACUACUGCUGAAGCGGUUUCAUUUGAAUGCUCACAUGAUAUGACUUGGUCAACAAACCAAAUAGUUAUAGCUACACUACAUCAGGCUCUCCAUAACCGUUUAAUGGAAUGAGCAGAUCACAAUUUGUACAGGUUUAAUCGGACCUAUCGCUUGUUGCUCUGCUUUGAGAUAAUAUUGGUGAUGAUGUUGAUGCAACUGUUAUUCAUGGAGGGCGAAAAAUAGCAUUUUUCCAGUUGCCCAGUAGUUUAAAUAAAGGCCCUUCUGUUUAGCUAAAAUCUUUUUACCUUCUUCUCUUCCAAUAUAAGGACUAGUCCUUUUAGUCCUGAGCGUUGUUUUUACCCAUUAGCACGAGACGUUGUUUGCGAUUUUGCUUUGUCUUUCUUAAGAUAUACGUUCAUAUUCACGCGAAUAGGAUGACAUAGAAACAGUUCUUUGGAGUAGCGUCACAAACCGCCCCAAGCCAGAGAGGUUUGCUGUCACUUUUUCGUAAGCGGUUUGGUCCGUUGCCUGCUUCUGACUGGUUCAUAAAUUUAAUCUUAAAUUCUGAUGGCUUAUUUCUUUGCUACUACUGUAAAAGCGCUCCGUUUGCUUGAUUUGUUUGUAUGAACUGUCGGCCCAACUUAACAGUCAAUUCACGUAGUUAGAGUUGUCGGGUCGAUACAGUAGCCUUAAAAAUUUGAAAUCACAUUGUACAACAGAUUUUUUUCAAUCGGACCAACCAUCGGUUUGGUGUUCACCAAUAUCUUUUUUUACGACCAGUCUUAGCACGUAAAACUAACUUUAGGCUAUGCUCACACGAGACCAAAUAGGUUUUGUACCGGCACGAAAACCGUAGCGGAUAGGGCUUCUGUUUUAAAGGUGAUUUCGGCGCGAGUUCGUAACAGAGCGGAGCUGCGGAGUGUCUCAUGUCCGAUAGAUGUUCACACUAUACUCAGGGGCGGAUCUAGGGGGAGGGUGCAGGGGGUGCGCACCCCCCCCCUCCCUGAGAUGACCUGCGGUUUUCUAAUACAACUGGUAUUCUGCAAAAAAACUAUGUGGUUUAUUGGUGUUGAAGUAGAGCAAGGGACGAGUGCACCCCCUCCUAAAAAAAAUCCUAGAUCCGCCCCUGAUACUGACACGAAACUCCUAUCCAGUAAAGUGUGAACAGAGCCUUAGAGGAUACAUUUCCUUAUACUACUACAUGAGAAAUUUCUGCAAUUUGAUUGGCUUAGAGCAGUGGUAUUUCAGCUUAAUUUGAAGUACCUACAAGUUUAAAUUACAAACCUUGCGGGUAGUAGUAUAAACAAUUAAUAGCAUGAUUUGUAGGUGAUAUUUGGCAUAAAUACCAAUAGAUACCACUCGUGAUAUUUCAAAAUUGUCUCAAAUUUCACUCGCCUAACGGCUCGUGAAAUUACGUAUAACAAUUUUGAAAUAUCACUCGUUGUAUUUAUGCCAAAUAUCACUACAAAUGAUGCUAUUACCUAUACAAAUCUCAGGUGGCCUGUAAUUCUGAAAUAAAUGUUUGAUUGAAUGUUUAAUUUGUUUUUUCAGGGAGAGUCAACUGCACCCAAGUUUUUCUUUAUUUCUCUGUGUCGUGGAUUAGAUUGAAUAGUAAAAAGUAUGGCAACAACUGUACCAAGGAUGGCGGCGCCGGUGUCUGCUUAGUGAGAAACAGGAGAAACCAAAAAGUAAGCACGGCGUUGGGUCUUUACAAGAAUAGAGCCAUGACUUACUACAAAGACGAGGGAAUGUUGAUACUGACAUACUGCAGCAAAAACUGUAGCUUUAAAGGUACGUCUUAAGGACAUAGUCAACUUGGAAAGGAUAUCAAUAGACUUCUUUAACUUGUAAGUUUUGUUCCCUUUCAGACCACGUGAUGGGACCCUAGAGAACUGUUUCUCUGAAAAGUGUGUCCUGUGCACGUUGAUGCACGGCAUAUGUAUGCAUAAUUUAUGCAAAAACAAAAGGCAAAUUCCCUGGAGAACAUCACUUGGUCUGAAUUGGGAAAACAAAGCAUACAAGCUAAGAAGGUCUAUUAUAAUCACAAAUAUGAAGAUGAACAUGUGGUGAGUUCUGGGCCUUUAAAGUCGGUCCGAUGCUUUUGGAAUUCACCUCCACAGAUGUUGAAUAAUGAUUAGUAUUAAUGAUUAGUAUCUACUGGCAUGACGUCACUCUGUCCUAAGUGAAAUUGGUGGGAACCUGGGACGAAACAGGGGCGUAGCUAGUCUCAGGUGGUAGAUUUAGUGAUCACACUCUACCUGAUAGCUCUUGCGCCGGCACUAAAACCAUACCGAAUAGGGCUUUUGUUCACACGUAAAAAAGGUAAUUUCGGCGCGAUUUCUGUAAUAGAGCGAAGCUUCGCCAUUUGGUAUAAUCACUCGCGGUCACAUGCGAUUACAUGAGCUCAUUUUAACCCAAAUUUUUGUUAAGCCCGUUCUUAAUGGCGUAAAGGCAGCUACGCCUUUGCGAAAGAAGAAGUAGCACACAAUGGCUUGACCAGCUACGCAAGGGUGGAAAACAAAGAGUGGAACUGGGCGAGAUACUAUUGGCGGCUCAUAAUGCUAGCCGGCUGCGGACGGACUUUGAGUGCUUAGAGAACGGUCAAUAAAAAAGACCUUUUAAUCUUUUUUUUGUGACUAGAAAAUUCGUGCGCUUUUCGUAGUAUAGUCGACUCUCUCUUAACGGACACCUUUAUAAGACGGACACCUCUGUAAAACGGACACCUAGAGUUGGUCCCUGCCUUUCUUUGCUCCCUCUAUUUGACUCUCUAUAAGACGGACAUCUCUCUAAGACGGACAGCUAGUGCCGGUCCCAAAGGUGUCCGUCUUAGAGAGAGUUGACUGUAACCUUGUCCUCAAGCUAUCAAGCUAUCAAUGGUACAGACGAGACGGGAUAUUUGUUUGAAACAGUUAACUCGUCUCAGAAGCAUAGUUUGUCUCCGGUAUAAAACCGACUAAAACGGUGAUCGUUGGCCAAAAGAAUGUUUUCGUAUUAGCGUAGUGACUGAUAGUAAGGCCACUGUAGUUAUUAUACAGUGUACUGGCCCUGUAGUUCAAAAGGUGGGUAAUAACGCUAUUCACUUGAUAAGUCUCUAUCCGCUAGCCUGUGUAGCUAGAGGGAUUAGAGGGCGAGUGCUUUAGUUAAUUUGACGGCGGACCCAGGACUCGAAAAAAACUUGAAUAGUCCAGUUUCGAGUUCGCUAUGACCGCUGAUUUAAAGAAGUGAAGACACAUUUUUUACAGGCUUAGCCUCCAUCUGAAGUAAAUAUAUUCACAAAUUCCAACGAGAAAAAGACCUGUUUGUUGCUCUAUCUAUUGUAUAUAUUCAAAUUUCAAACACUGACUUGCCGGAAUUUCUGAGUAUGUCACUUUAAAUCGAGGCAAACCCUGUAUGAAUGUGUCGUUAAUGUUUGUAUUCAGCGGUAAUUUUUAAUUCGAAACUGGUCUAUUGCAGCUUGUCCUUUGAGCAAGCAGCUUUCACGUUUUGUUUGCGUGAGCCACUUCUUGCUUGUCUUAUUUAAUCAUUUUGUUAGAGGAUGACUUUCCUGGACCCUUGCCUAUUGGGCGAGUAUGCUUUAACUUGCCGGGCCAGAAAGUCUAUUUGUUCCGGACUACCGGCUUGGACCUUUCGAGCCCUGGGACCUGCGAAAAGAUUGGGAGCAAGUCGAAUUGCUGUUAGCCGAAAAUGCUUCGGGGCUCCCGCCGCUAAGAAAGUACUCCAAGCGUAACUAUCCUGUCAGCUAGGCAAGCUACUAUCCGCUGGAUAGCGUAACUGGUUUCCCUACCACUUGUUCACCGGACAGUGGUUUUUCCCUCGGAUAAUGCUAUCCAACGUUUGAAGAACUGUGCCCAGAAUCAGGUGACCUUGUUGAUAUAGUCAAACUCUCUGUAGUUGCCGAACAUCAUAAAACUCCUCUUUUUGUUGCUUUCAGGCGCGGAUAAUAUCAAAUCAAGAAUAAUAUUUGUGUGCGACAGGACGGUGGAAAAUGGAGAUCCAGUGUUGGAUACUCUAGCGGUAUGUUGCUUCUCUCUGCACCAUUUUGUAGUGGUGUGUGAGACUGGAGUUAGACUGGGUAUCGAACUUCACUCUGAGACAGUCUUGGGGAUACUAUCGCUCCUUUUAUUGGCUGUUGGGGACCUCAAGAUCCGAGGACGGUGACGGCAGCGAAAACGUCACUUAAAAUGUAGGCGAGUUCUCCUGGAGUGGAAAGAGAAAGAGAAAGGAAAUUUUGUCGUCGCUUGUUUACGUCCUCUUUAAAACGAUUUGCGUCGUAGUUGUGCAGUGACGGUGACGGCGAAGAAAUACAGUCUACAAAAAGUGCGCUGCACGUGCAAGGCUGUUGUUUUGGUUAUGAAACCUAUUGCUUUUCUGAUGUUGUCGUUGCCGUCGCCCUUCGUCGGAUCUUGGUCCCUAUGACGAGGUUUAGCAGAACUGGCCAAAAUUCAUCUCAAAUGGCCAAUUGCUGUUGUUAUUAUUGUUGUAUUUCUAAUACUGGUAGUAACUUAGUUAAACUUAAAGACUUAAGGUGAUUCGAUACACUUUUUCAGAGGCCAUACCGAUGUUUUCAAUCGCCUUUAAAGUGGUUUUUUUCCUUGUCCGAUCGCUAUAAAUUUUCAAUAGCCGUGAUAGGUUAUUUAAUAAAUACGUUAUAAAUGACUUCUAUUAUUCUUAAGUAGCGUCAGAAUGCUGCUUAAUAUCAUAUUUUGUUGCUAGGAAAUUUUGGUGUAUUUUCGUUCUUGCGAUCUUGAAAACUAACCCGUUUUCUCACCAGCUGUAUGAGUGCAACGUCAUUCAAAAUUUGAACGUUUAGCGCUUUUUUGUAUAUCUCUGAAACUGCUCGAACGAAUUUUUUAAAAUCUCUUCGCAUAAUCUUCAUAAUGUAUAUAAUAAGGUCUGAAACUUUCAUUCAGAUUGAUUCACUGCAACAUCUUAAAAUUUCAAGACAAACUUAUCCUACGAACCUGUCAAAAAUCUGCGUUACAACAUUCACUGUUUUGACGUUAUGUUAAUUUUUCCAAAAUAAUGCGCACUAUACAUACCUCCAUGACUAGUACAUUUAUUGUUUGAAGUUCUCGCAUCUUUUGAAUGUAAAACAUGGACUGCGGUCACACAGACGAAGACUCCUGUUUACAUGGAGUGGGGGACCCCGGUUUAGUGGGGUAGAUUCUUUUGUUUUGUGUCCCCCAGAGCGUGAAAACAAAAGAAACCAACACCACUAGACCGGGGUCCCCCACUCCAUGUAAACAGGCCCUAACUAUAGUUAUACAGGGUUUGAGCUAGGAUUUGAUCACUGGGGGACAAUUUGUCCCCUUGGCUAAAAUUUUGGGGGACAUUUUCAUUUUUAGGGGGACAGAAAUUUGUACACUCCUCCUUCUUAGCAGGGCUUCUGAUAGGUCUCGGACGAAAAAGUUAAAUUUCGCGGGAUUUUUAGGGACAAAUUCGCGGAAAAAUCGGCUGAUUUCGCGGGAGUUUUCGGGGCAAACUUCACGGAAAAGCAAUCGGUAAAAAAGGGCCGAUUUUGUGGUUAUUUUCAAGGCAAAUUUCGCUAGAAAUCGAUCGGUUUUACGCUGAUCAGAGCAGCCCUGUUAACGUUUUUCUAACAGAGGUCAUCAUUUGCUCUUUCAACAACAAUACGCUCCAGAAAUGAACCAAUGGCAAAGCCUUUAACAUGAUGGCUAGUGCCCCGUUUUUCGCAACAUAAUCUGUUUGCACGUUUUCAGUGACGAAGUUCCAAGAUAAAUUUGCAAGUAAAUAGCCCCUAUAGCUGAAAUAAGUUUCAAAUAUCUUGCACAGACAUGUAUUUGAUAAGAUUUCUACCGAAUUUCGCGGUAUUUUUCGUGUUUUUGUGAAUUUCGCGGCUCGGCGACCGCGCGAAAAAUCAGAAGCCCUGUCUUAGAUUUCCGAAAAAAAUAGCAGUAGAGCGUGACUGAAACGUAACUUUGGGAUGAACUUUAAAGGUGCGAUAAAAUAUACUUUCCACGUUCUGUUUCAGCUUGCAACUUCUGUACCGAAAUAAAUCUCUUCGUGUGUGCUUCCUUUCGAGUUUUUUCCCUAAAUUUUGAAGGGGACAUAUUGUCCCCUUGGCCGUUUUUUAAAGGGACAAUUCCAAUUGCAGUGCAGGAUUGGCGCAAUGGCGCGGCCUGGCUCAAACCCUGGUUAUACCCAAGCAGGGUUCCUGGGUUACUCUUAAGUUUACAAACAAACAACCAAUCAGAAUGUGACACUUCUUUUCGCACGUGCGAGAUGAGCAUAUAUAAAUAUGCAAAAUAAAAACCAAGCGUGAAGCGAGGGGGGAAACCAAAAACAGCAAGCAAACAAUUUACAUAGGCUAAUUAGAACUAACUGUUGUUAACUGCGUGUGUGACCGCAAUGUCGACCGAAAGCACUAACUACAGUUAGGUAUGACAUCACGUAACUUGACACUAACUUAAGUUAAACUUUAGUUACGUCGUAGAUGUGACCGCAGCCGUAGACA